GUACGCGGCGAUGCGGUGGGCGCAGCAGCGCCACAUGGUCUACUACUACUGCCAGGACUUCCGGAGGGACCGCUCGCUCACGCCGGAGUGCUGAGGGAUGGAGCCCGUGAACGGAACGGACGGUGGCGCGCGUGCCUUGGUUAAUUUGGUCGUGUGUUUGCUUGCUAUACUACGGCGCUCCUACCGCGAGCUCCUCCUACCUACACUUUGCUUCUUCUUUUUGGUUUGGAUCUCAGAGAGUAAAGGGUGUGGCUGCCCUACCGCUGCUGCCUGCCUGCGUGUGGCUGAGCAUGAGCUAGGCCGGUGGUUGAGGCGUUGGUCGUUGGCAUAUUGCCAAAAAGGGUCCCGUGUCUUUCCAUCUCUUUCGUUUUGCUUGGUGCCUACUUUUCGUUUCACAUGUAUGUAUGCCCCGAAGGGGCAAAGGCGCAUGAUUCAUGGCAUACUAUCAUUCAUGCCCACUGUAAUGCAGAGUACUCUAAUAUGUUCUCCAUAUUUGUGAUUUAUGUAUACUAUUGCUUCAA